GCUUGCAGCCGGCGGCGUCACACGAUGCCAUGAGCGGGGCACGCGAGCGCCGCGCCGACACCGUCGAGCUCCUGCCUCUGAAGUCGGCGCUGGUCAACAACAACCGCGAGGAUGAGGCGUACUACCCGCCGGCCCUGCCGUCCACCUCCAACCUGUCCAACCUCUACGAGUACACGCUGCUCUCGAAGAGGACGCCGGCGUCGAAGAGGCUCCUCUCCAAAACUACACAACCCUCGCCCACUCCCCUGGUGACGCUAUGCGGCGCGCCGCCUCCGUCCAGGAAGCGCGAAGAGCUGGCCGCGCUCGCCAACUUGCGCAAGAAGGUGGCUCCCGCGCUGCUGCCCGACAGCCCGGGACACUCCCCGGGGCGCUGUGCGGGCGCCGCCUCGUCCAGGAAGCGCGAGGAGCUGGCCGCGCUCGCCAACCUGCGCAAGAAGGUGGCUCCCGCGCUGCUGCCCGACAGGAAGCGCGAGGAGCUGGCCGCGCUCGCCAACCUGCGCAAGAAGGUGGCUCCCGCGCUGCUGCCCGACAGGUGA